CGGAAACGGGAUUAUUCGUACUGGUGUAGAGCGGAACUGUAAGCGUUAGCUCGCUCUGGUAACGUAUUUCUCAGGUCUCCCUGUAACAUUUUCCCCUUUACCGAUGGCUUCACAGAAUGUAGAUCCGGCUGCAGCUUCAUCUGCCGCUGCUCGCAAAGGGCAGGAAACCGGAGCUCAGGCUGCUAGAGGCUCUGUAGGAAAACGCUUGCAGCAGGAGCUGAUGACUCUCAUGAUGUCUGGCGAUAAAGGGAUCUCUGCUUUCCCGGAGUCCGAUAACCUCUUCAAGUGGAUCGGGACCAUUGAUGGUGCUGUGGGGACGGUUUAUGAGACCCUGAGGUACAAGCUGUCAUUGGAAUUUCCCAGCGGUUACCCUUACAAUGCCCCCACGGUCAAGUUCAUCACGCCGUGCUUCCACCCUAACGUCGACAGCCACGGGAACAUUUGUUUGGACAUCCUAAAGGACAAGUGGUCGGCUCUGUAUGAUGUUCGGACCAUCUUGUUAUCUCUGCAAAGCUUGUUAGGAGAGCCUAACAAUGAAAGUCCUUUAAAUCCUCAUGCUGCAGAGCUCUGGCAAAAUCAAAUAGCAUACAAGAAGCACCUGCAUGAACAGUAUAAGAAGCAGGUUCGGGAGAAGGACAUCUGACAACCUUAAUUUGUUUUCCACUGUACAUUACUGCUGUAAUAUACGCCUAACUUAAUACUAGAUUGUUGUACAAAUAAACAUGAUUUUAUAAUGCUCA